CAUCUUCAAUCGUGCGUUUGCCAGCAUCUACAACGUGUAAUGUCAGAUCUACUUGCGGCAUCUUGAUAGGAAAUGUAUCAUUUUAAACCACGUACAAGCAAUUACAUUUCUGCAGGAAAUACGGCAUAUCUCGGGAAGGCAGAUUGGCCUCAUUGUUGUCUGUCAGGAAGCCGCUAUGAGUUUAGUUUUCCGUUGACCUCUUGACUUCCUGCCUAUCAUACACACGCAGUCACCAGAGUCUCCAACCGUCCACAACACGACUUACAGCUUCUUUGAACCUAUAUUCUAUUUGUCAAUAUGGCGGCUAAAGCAGUGUUUGAAAAUAUCACUGAUGCAACAAGGACGUUGAUACAGUAUCAAGACGCAAGGAAACAUGUUUCGACGUAUUAUGAAAGAUCAGCCCUAAAAAUACUGAGAAGAACUGGAUCUAUAUUCAUCAAGGGAAAAUCAGGCUCAGGAAAGUCCAACCUUGGUCUCAGGUUACUGGCGCAUAUCAACUCAGAAACUAAACGGACGCCUGUUGUAAUCACAUCUGCCUCUCAGUGGAAUACCAUUCCAAAGUCAGGAAAAGAAAACUAUAUUGUCAUGUUGGAUGAUAUAUUUGGUUCCAGCAGUAUGGUGCAAACACGUGUUGAUGAAUGGCUGGGAAAGUUCAAUACCAUGUGGCCAUUCAUAGAGACAGGAAGAAUCUUCAUAGUCUUAACAUCAAGGCCUGAGAUAUAUGACCAGUGUGCAAAACAACUAAACACAACCAUACUUAUGAGAAACAUCAAAUGUUUAACUCUGGACAAAGACGAGUUUAAGCUAAGAGAGAGUGAGAAGAAGAGAUUUUUGAAGUUGUUUUGUGGGAAGUCUGGUUUCACCAAGGAAGACUUCCAGGAGAUAGUAGAGAAAGCUGAGCCGCCCCUUGGGUUUCCACAAUGUUGCAAUUUCUUUGCCAUCAGCAGACGAGCACAAUCAAAUGGCAAACAUUUUUUCUUGAAACCGUAUGAGUUUAUCGCCCAAGAACUAGACAUCUUGGAAGAGAGCGACCCUUUUGGGUACUUUGUGUUGCUGCUUGUGAUGAUUCAUAACGGUCGAUUGGGAUCAAAUGAGUUGGACUCCAUCCGACCAUCAGAGGACUUUCGUAAGGCAGUUCAUGCUUUGAAAGACAUUUACAAGCUGCCAUGCAUGCCAUCACGCAUCAACAUAAGACAGAAAGCUGAAUCACUAAGCGAUGUCUAUCUCAUACAUUGCAACAAAACUUUCCAGUUUUGUCAUCAAUCAAUAUUUGAUGUUUUAUUUCUGAAAGUGAGUCAAAAAGAUCAUUCAGUUUGUAUGAAGAUAUGCCCAGCCCGUUUGUUGGUUGAACAUGUGAGAGCACAAAAACAAGAACACCUUUCUUCAACCAGUGGUAUGUUAGAGAUCCCAUUCGAGAGCUUUGGUUUAUUAGCUGAUAGAAUCACUUCAAUACUGUUGUCAGAUGAGGAUAUUGAAGUACUUGACCAUCAGUCAUUACGAGAAACAUGUUUCGUCCAGUUCUUGUUUCACAAAUGGUGCAAAGAUGUUGCUGUAUCUAAACUGUUCAAGGCCACUUUCAAACACGUUUUGAAGGCAGAAGUGCCCAAUCCUUGUAGAGAAGGUGAAAUGAUUUCAUUGUUUGAAUGUGAUAGUAUGCUGUCGUGCAUGGCAUUAAAGGGAAACACUGAACUUGUGAGCUUACUUAUACCCGUUUCUGAACAAUAUUUGAAUUCCUCAGUGCUUCAGCAGGUGCUUGCAUGUGCCAUAUUUGGCUGCAAGCAUCAGCUGUAUGAUAUGCUAAUGGCAAUGGGAGUACAAUUCAAUGACGAUUGUUUCCGAGCAUUGUGUGCCAUCCAAAAGAAAGAUAUGGAUAUAGCCAAUCAUGUUGUGUUUUCACCAGAUGUGCAAUAUUUCAAGAUGUCAGAUUUUACCAACUUGUUCACAAUUGCUUUUCUGAAUCACAACCCGCAGAUGGCAAAACUUCUUCUGAAUCCCGACCCAUUGCACUUGCCGAUCUUUAGUGCAUGUGUAAAAAUGCUAUUUCAGGUUUUGGAAGAGCUGUCUUAUUCACAGAGCAGCAUGUUUGAACUAAAUGACUAUAGAGAUGAAGCAUACACUACUGUCAUUGAGGGGCUAUUGAGGACGGGCUGCAAGAUCGACCCAGAGUCCCUCCUACUUUGUGCAGCAUGCCAUGCAACAGCAACAGCCAUGCGGUGUAUAUUCAAGGUAUGCCCCCUCAUUAACGUGAACAACAUGCUUUGUGAAAACACUGCUCUUGAACUGGCGCUAGUUUAUGGAGGAGCUGAAUGUGUGUCAUUACUUCUGAACCACGGUGCGGAAAUAUCUGUGACAGAAAAGAAAUCAUCAAAAUCAAGUGUGUUACAUAUGGCAGCAAAGUCGAAAAGAAGUAGUAAACAGAAACUGGAAAUGAUGUUUGCAAAAAUUGUGGCAGAUCCAAAAACUACUGAUGUUCACAACCAGGCAGGCACAGAUAUGCAACAAACAGCUAUCGACAUAAACGGCAAAGAGCGAACGAAAGACAUUUCAAUCCCCAUGAGAUUAGAACAUUUAGUAAAUAAAAUAAAUCUGUACAAACAGACACCACUUCACGUGGCAGCCGCUGCUGGAAACGCAGAUUCAGUUGAAUUCUUGAUACGUGCUGGAGCUAGGAUAAAUGAUCAAGGUGAUUUUAACAUGACCCCACUUCACAUGGCCAUGAUGGUAGGUCAUGCGGAGUGUAUCACACACCUUAUAGAAGCAAAUGCAUCUUUGGGAAUUAGGGACGAGUUCCAAACUCUUCCUUUAGACAUAACAUUUGAUAGCAGCAUCAGUUCCUUGAAGGCAAUUGUUUCAACUCUGAAAACAAGCUUAGAAAACAAUAGAGAACUCAGUGGUCCCUUGCUCAUAGCCGUUCAAAAUAAUGAACUAGACAAAGUAAAGCUGCUGUGCGGGAAUGGAGCUGAUGUGAAUUCGAACUUUGCUGAUGGAACUCUAUUACAUCACGCAGUUGAGACAAGUGAUAUCGACAUGGUGAUGUACCUAUGUGAGGAGGGGGCAAGUGUUCAUGCCACUGAUAUUGAUGGGCAUUCUGUUGUUCACAGGGCAGUCACGUCAGAAAUUGAACCAGUGGAAAAACUGAUGUAUCUACUUGAUGAGAGACAUGCACCUGUUAAUGUUGAAGACAGAAGCUAUAAACAAACUGCCUUGUUUUCAGCGGUGUUAUCAGGAGAUGAUGAAAUUGUCGAACUUUUGAUAGAACGACAGUUCAAUCAUAUGCAUACCAAUAUCCAUGGCUAUUCGGUUCUUCAUGCACUCUGUCUUCAAACGAAUUUCAAUGAAUCCGUUUUUAAAGUGUUGUUAACAUUUGAUCACCAAUUUCUGAACAUCCAGUCUAAUGAAGGCAGUACUGCUCUUCACAUACUUGCAACAAACGACAAUGCAUAUGGCAUGAAAAUGUUACUGACGAGAGGCGCUGACCACUCUAUUCAAGACGUUGGCGGUAUGACCCCAUUUCAUGUUGCUGCGUUGUGGAGUGUUGAUUGCCUACAGCUUCUGCUCCAUUUUGAGGCAGACCCGCACAUCAAGGACUCCAAACGUCGUACUGUACUCCACCAUGCUGCAAAGGCAAGUAGCACCAGUAGCCUGGAACACCUCGUUACAUCAAAACUAGAUUUAAAUUCGGUUGAUGAAGAUGGAUGGACAGCACUUCACUCGGCUGCGGAAUAUGGACGCAGAGACAACAUCAAACUACUGUUGGACAACGGGGCUGAUCUGUACAUUCAGGACAAUCAAGGGAGAACAGCCCUCCAUGUUGGGUGUGAAGAAGGGCAUUGCCAAGCUGUCGAUUUACUUCUACAGACAAUGUCAAACCCGAACGUACUGGACGAAAGAAUGAGAUCGCCACUUCAUUUCGCUGCAAGAAGGGGAAGUAGCGACAAUGUGAAGCUCUUGCUAGACAAAGGAGCAAACCCUUUUGAGAAAGACCUGAAAGGGAGAAUACCACUUCAUCUAGCUGUCAAAACCAAUGAUAGUCAAUGUGUAAAGUUGUUGAUCGCUGCGAAAUCGGAUGUAUGUGCUGCUGAUAAAAAUGGCGACUCUCCCUCUUCAUCUUGUAACCAGAAGGACUCCCAGCUCCAGCUUUGA